AUGGUAGCAGCACUGCUCUGCCUAAAUAUCGAACAUUACCACACCCGGAACGUAUCGGCACUUCAGCAGCAGUGUAAGUACGCUUCAGCUCUUGCAGUAUCAAUAGCAAAUACUGGCAUUCUUAGCAAAUCAGGUUUUCCAUCUAUAAGUGAAAUUCUGGAUGGCAUAUUAUUUGCCGCAGUACCAAAAAACCGACGAUCCAGAGAAAAAAGAGCAAAGAGAAGAUUCGGAUGCCACAAAGUGAGGGAAUACAUGACUCCGAAGACAAACAUUGUGGUCUGCCUUAAUUGUGGACAUUAUCACGAGAGCCACACACUUUGCGGUCAUUGUUAUGAUAAAGUAAAAAAUCAAACACCAUCCAACAGAGAAAAUUUAUUAUAG